AAAACCCGGAAGAAGUUUCCUUCAAUAUAAUGAACUUUGGCAACAACUUCCGGUCUCUAUUACAUUGUCACUGAAGGAAGAUGACGAAAGGAACAUCUUCAUUCGGUAAGCGUCGCAACAAGACGCACACGCUAUGCCGUCGUUGUGGAGCAAAGGCAUAUCAUCUCCAAAAGUCAACUUGUGGCAAGUGCGGUUAUCCUGCUAAACGCAAGAGAAAGUAUAACUGGAGUGCUAAAGCCAAGAGACGCAACACCACUGGCACUGGUCGUAUGAGGCAUUUGAAAAUUGUGUAUCGCAGAUUCAGGAAUGGUUUCCGUGAGGGCACAACACCCAAGCCCAAGAGAGCAGCAGUUGCAGCCUCCAGCUCAUCUUGAGAUUGUACAGCUGUUGAAACAAAAAUAAAGUUAAAGUUAAAAAAAACA